AAUAAAAUUUUGCUUUUAAACUAUAUUAUUAAAUCUACUAUGUCCAGAGAUAGGAGAGAUAGAGACAGAAGCCCGGAGGAGAACAAGGAAGACAACCCACAGAUCUACGUGGGUAGACUUCCAAGAGGAAUCCAUGAGAGAGAUCUUGAGGACAUCUUCCUUAAAUUCGGAAAGAUCAGAAGUUGUAUUAUGAAGAGAGGAUUCGCCUUCAUUGAGUAUGAUGAACCAGCUUCGGCUAGAGAUGCUAUUAAGAGAAUGGACAAUGAGUCUGUUGACGGUGAAAGGAUCGUUGUAGAGCCUGCAGAGCCACUCGGCCGCAGAAGAAGAGCCGGGGAGGGCAGAGGUCCUACCUCCGACGACGAGUGCUUCAAGUGUGGUGAGAAGGGCCACUGGGCUAAUGAGUGCAGAGAAUAUGGAGGCAGAGACGGCGGAAGAGACGGCGGCAGAGGCGGUGGAAGAAGAAUGGAAAGAAGAGAUAAUAGCCGCGAAAGAGGAGGAUACGAUGGAGACAGAAGAAGAGAUAUGCGUGAAGGUAGGUGCUUUAAAUGUGGUAGAAGAGGCCAUAGGGAGCGUGAGUGUCGCGACAGAUCGAAAUCGAGAGGUUCGUACUCCCCAAGAGGAGGCAGAAAAGGCAGAGGGAGAAGAUCUUACUCAAGGAGCUCCUACAGCUCAGAAAGGGGCAGAGGAAGAGGCAGAAGACCAUCAAGAAGAAGCUACUCUUCCAGAGGAAGACAUUCAGAUAGAAGUCUGUCAAACAGAUCUAGAGAUAGAAGAAGAGACAGUAAAGACUCAAGAGAUAGAGAUGUAAGAAGAUCAAGAGACUCGAGAAGAUCAAGAGAUUCGAGAAGAAGCAGAGACUCUAGAAGAUCUCCAGACUCAAGAAAAUCACCAGACUCUAGAAGAUCCCCUGACUCUAGAAGAUCUAGAGGCUCCAGAAGAAGUAGCAGAUCCCCUGCUAGAAACGGCUCUCCCAGACACUCACCUCCUCCAGCUCAGGAUAGCGGCAACCAUGACAAGGAAGUUAGACUUGAUCAGGUUGAUCCCCCUGUAGCUCCUCCUGCUGACGCCCAGACAGCUGAUCCUCCAAAGAAAGAUUAAGAGGAAUACUUGGAUAAUACAGAUUUACAGUCGAAGACCGUGUCAGUUAGCAUUUAUAGUUAGAAUAUGUACGCAUUGGGCAGUUCAUCAAGCCACCAUUUGGAUUUCAUCGCCAUUAGAAAGUACACAUUUUCAUUCGAUCACUGAGAAAACAUUGGGAUUCAUGGGAAGAAAAUUUGAAAGGAAGAGACACACAGUUCAACAGCCUCCCACAA